UGCAGGAUGACAAUAACCGCUUGCAGCUGCCCACGUUUUUGCCUAUUGGGAAAUGUCGCUCGAGGGAAACAGCUGGUCCGAAUUAGUCGAGCAGCUCAAUAUGAUGGUAACAAAUUUUAAUGAUCUUGUGAAAGCGUCUCGCAUACCUGACGAAUCUGUAGACGAGCUGUCGGCGUCGCGAGAACGCAAAGUGCCAGGGGACUUGCAGGAGGUCCUGGCGGAGAAGUUGCUCUUCUCGGCAUAUAUGUGCCUGCACCACAUCUCAGAGCUGAAGAAGGCGGCUGCGCUGAGCGACCACACGACCCAGAUCGGCAACGCACGCGCUGUCAAGAGCCAGAUGCAGCGUACGGAGGACGUCAUCGCAUCCAAAAUAGGGUUGAUCAAGGUGGAGGCUCAGGAGCUUCUGGGGCAGCUGGAGGAGAGCUAUUACAGCUCCAAGUUUAAGGGGCGGCCGACUGAAAGCGGCGUCAGCGAGCAGCUACGCGAGCUCUGCGCGCUUGCACUAGAGACCCACACCGGCCACCGCAAAUGAUGAUAUCGACUCGACCCCCACGUCAUUUCAUUUAACGUUCCGCAACCAGCAUUCCAGUAGCCCCUUCCCACCACGUGUCACCCAUACGUUCGCCCCCUGCCCCGCGCUUGAGACACGCGCUAGUGCUUCCCUGCGCUGCCACAUGCUAGAUUAGUUUAGCGCGCUUGGGCGGACGCAAAGGCGCAAAGGAGUUGCCCGGUAGCGUUGACGCAUGGCCGGCCCCAGAUCCCGUUGCUUUGGGGCCCCCUGUGGCUUUUGCUGCUGCCGGCUUCCUCUUCCCGCCACCCCAAAAGUCGCUGUCGGACGGCGGCUUUCGGAAGGUGUCCGUUGGCGCUGCUGCACCCCCGGCCGCACCAGAACCAGCGGCUAAGCUCCCGCUGGAACCCCCUAACGCGUCAAAUAUACGGAGAUUAGACGGCUGCCACGCACGCAUCUCGCCAGGCUUUUUGAACGUCUUGGCCAAGUCUGUGUCGCUGAUGGAAGGUUGUGAGCCUGCAGUUGGUGAGACGCCUGAUGCGCCACCCUCUUCCGGCGUGUUGGACUGUUUGCUGGCCACCGACGGUCCAAACGACAUUCGGCCCGAUCGAAAUGCCAAGCCGGGCAAGGGCACCGGCUCAUAGGUCACGAUGCAUCGGCCAGAAAUUGAUGGCUGCGACCAUGCUGGAUCGUCAGCCGGGGGAUUGUUGGCGGCCUGCAAGAAAGCACCGGUAGAAAUUGCCCUGGUGGAAGCGUGCAGAAGUGAAGGGCGGCAUGUACGACUGUGUGACGCCCCGUGAGGUUUGGGGACGCUGGGACGGUCUGCUGAAAUUUGUCCUUGGUUGCACACGAGCUGUAGGUUGUAAAAGAUUCAUUG